AUGUCGACGCGCUCCUCCUCACCCGCGUCGGACGCGGGCUCGCCUGGCCCAUUGACGCCCAGAACCAAGAUCAGAAAUCUCCUUGAUGCCAUGGGUAGCAAGGGCGACAGUCAAGAUGCCACAUAUGAAGCUCAGUCGCCGUCAAAACGGCCCACAGCCACAGCAUCAGAGUCAUCAGCAGAAUCAGACAGUGACGCCAACUCAGAUGAGGAGAUCCGACCAAGAGGACGCCUUGCUGCCCGGAUGCAGGCUGCUGCCGCUAAAGUAUCAGAAGAAAGCCCAAUUGGCUCGCCAUCACAAACCAAGACGUCCUCAAGAGGCUCUCCACCAAAAGACCUUGACCAAGUCGACGACGAAAAUCACAGCGACGAGGAUCUCCCGGUCCUACCGCGGCGUCUACACCGCAAGACGGCUCGCGAAUUGACUCCAGAAUCCGCAGCCACAGAGGGCCAUGCGCGAUCCAACAGUCCCGGUCUCUUCGUCUCGUCACCUGCUCAACCCUCCCCAGCGAAAUCUGCACAGCUCGAUUCAGACGACGAGCUCCCUCCCACCAAAUCCGAUCGAUUCAAGGCCCUUGUGGAGCGCAAACGCGCCGAAGCCCGUGCGAGAGAGGCCGCUGACGAGGCAAAAAAGGCCGAGCGUCGCGAUAUGCAAGAAAAGCUCGCGUCGGAGAUCAGCCAGCUCGAGUCCGACGAUGGAAGUGGCUCCGGUGGUCUCACCGACGACGAGGGCGGCCGCAAGCUCACGCAGGAGAACCGACCGAGUCGCAAGGCGAGCAAGAAAGCCAUCGAAGACAUCAAUCGCGAGACCCAGCGGAUGCAGCGAAGCAUGCAGCUCGCACAGGAGGCCAAGACAAGAAAGAAGAUCUCCAAAAGUAGCUUCUUGGAGAGGUUCAACAUCAAGCCCACCGCUGCCCUGGAACCCAAGGUCUCCAGCUCGAGUCGUCCUGGGUCGCCAGAGGGUGAUGAUGUAGACAUGGAAAACGACGGGACGCCACCAAGCUCACCACCUCCCGCCGAUGCGCCCAAUGAAAAGGCUCGUGAACCGGCCGCAGUGGCUCCCGUUGAGACUUUGGUUCCCGGUGGCAAUCAAGAUCUUCCGAAUUUAGCCAGCGUCAUUGCCUCGCAAGACAAGGGGAAGGGCAAAGCUGUGGCGCCUUCUGAGGUAGCUGAACCAGCAAAGAAGAAGCAAAUCCGUGUCAAGCUCCCCUUGCCCUUGGGGCAGAACAUGGCCAUGCUUGAUUCGGACGAUGAGCUUGAGAUUGUGCGUCCGGAGAAGGAUGCCGCUGCCAAGCUCGCCAGCAAUGUGGUUUCGAAAAGUCAAGUUCCCAGGCCCCUCCAGAUCGUUCAGGCGCUGGGUCGACCUACAUCCCCCCAAAGAGGAGAUAUUCGCAAGGGCCAGUCAAAGGGGAUGACUGCGGGUCAGCUCCAAGUAUACCUCGCUGGCAAAGCCAGGGAACAGGCUCGAAAGGAGCGCGAGCGUCGUAUGCACAUACUCAAGGCGCAAGGCGUUGUCAUACAGACCGCGGAGGAGCGUGAACGCGAGAUGCAAGAGGUGGAAGACAUUGUAGCCAAGGCUCGCGCUGAAGCUGAGCAGAUUAUGCGACAGGAGCGUGAGGAAGCCAAGAAGGAGAAGAAAGCUGACGGCAACCAUGAUCCGCUUGCAUGGGAUGAGAGCGAUGAUGAAUUAUAUGAAGAUGUUGUCGAGGACGCGGAUGCCGAGCUAUCGGCCAUGGAGUUGUCCGGGUCCGAUGGGGAGGACGAGGACGAGGAGGAAGAGCAAGACCAGGAAGAAGAGACGGAAGGCGCUCUGAUCGACAGUGCCGCUCAGCAAGAUGAAUCCGAGGAUGAGGAGCUGGAUGCGGACGAGCCCCUAGAGGAUGUCACAGAGGCAUCUAGCAACGUUCGCCGUCGGGCUCGCAAGCAGACCACUAUCCUCUCAGACGAAGAGGACGACGUUGAAACCACGCCGAGACCCAAGUCCAUGACCCAAGCCACACCCACGAUCCCCAGGACGGCAACUCCCAACGCGCCAAGCUCUGUCCUCCGGUCCGCCAAGAAGUCCUUCAUUCCUGGUCUUCCUGUCAAGGGACCAGCUGGCCUCGGGUUGACACAGAUGUUCGCUGGCACGAUGGACGAUGACAGCCAAAUGCCGCCCAGCCAGGAUGGCCCUACGCAGUCUAUGAUGCCAGACUUUGACACGUUCCCAGACUCCAACUUCUCGGCUACCAUUGAGGCGUGCACUGCCGAGAAUACUGUAGAGCCUGCCACACAGAGAGAGGAAACACAGGCGUACACACAGGGUAUCUCCUUGAACUUCGCUAGCUUUGACAGCGCGAUGCAGGACGUACCAGGUACCCAGUUAUCGGAGAUGAUGGAACCAUCGCAGGAUGUGGGCAUGCGGCACUGCACACCCAUCAAGCAACGCUUCUUUGACGCUCCCCACUCAACGGUCGAUACGGUCGUCCCUGAUAGGGAAGAGUCGGCGCAGCAAGACUCUCCCCUGGUCCGCAGAGGCCGAUACCGUCGCAAGAUGGACGCGACUGCCCCCGAGGAGGAUGAGCUGGUUCCCACCACCGGAGCCGCCACACCUGCUGAAGGGACUGCCUUUACUUCCCUGAAAGAUGCGGCCCUCCAGGACAAGAAAAGGCGCGCUGCUGAGGAAUUCGACCGCAAGAAGAGCAAGGCCAAGGAGAUGAUCGACGAGAACGCCGAAGAGUCGGAAGACGAAUACCAAGGUCUCGGUGGGUACGAUGGCGAGGACAGCGACGAUGAGUCGACAGCUUCAGUCAAGGACAUGCUGGAUGACGCUACUGGCAACAAUACGGGCGAGCGCGAAAUCGCCGCCUUCCAUGCCGAUCGUGAGCGCGCCAACGACGAGCAGCAGGUUGAGCAGCUGUUCAAGGACGUCACUCGGGGCAUGCUGCGCCGCAAGCGCGGCGCUGACUAUGAUCUCUCAGACUCGGAUGAUGGCGGCGAAGCCCGUCGCAAGAUGAAGCGUCGCCAAUUCGCCAAGAUGCAAAAGGCCCUGUUCGCAGAUGAGCGUGUCAAGAAGAUGGCCGAGAACCCUGGCAAUAAGGCCUUUCUCAAGACGAUUGAAGAUCGUGACAGUGACGAUGAGAUGGAUCUGAUUGGCUUUGUCGAAGAGCCCGCUGAGGAGGACUCACAGAGUCAAUCCCAAGAGGCGGCCAAGGUCGUCGUCCCUGACAGCCAGCCACCGGCUGCCCUCGCCCAUGCCACACAGCAGGAUGGCGCGCCCGCGCACCCCAGGCGGACAAAGCACGGCCGAAAAGCCACCCACAUUGGCGAUGUCCGCCAGACGCUGUCGAGCCUCAUUGACGAUGGCCGCGAGGGCUCUGUCGUUCCAGCUACCGACGUCGGCUCCGAUAGUGACGACGAGUCGCGCGGGAACAAGGAGAACCAGAACCCUCGACAGCCGAGCGGCAUCGUCGACAGGAUCAGCCUCAAAAGAGAUUCGUCAAGCGCAUCUUCGACGUCAGGCUCUCGACUGGCGUUUGGCGCAUCAUUGUCUUCUUCGUCGUUCAAGGUGCCCGCUCUUCUGCGCCGGGCGACUACCAACUCGUUCAAGCCGGCGGGGAGCACAGCGCCUGCCACGACGACGUCGUCUGGCUUUGGCGACGAUGCAAAGAUCAAGAAGGCGGCCGGUAAGAAGAGUGGCGUCAGCUCGCUGGCCAGCGCGCGGGAUCAGAGUGGAAGCAGGGCCAAGGUGGAGGAGAGUGAGCGUAGGAGGGAGCUGCGCAAGGCCAAGGGCGCAGAGAGGAGAGUGGGCAUGGUGGGCGGCCUACUGGGCAGAGGUUCGUUUGAAUAA